ACCCCGUUACACUUUUAAGACAACCGUCACCCUUUUUGGGUCGACAAGGGAUGAAAUCUGGGUAGAUAGUGAUUUAAUUCCAGCGCAGCAGGCUGAAAGAGAGGAAGCAUCUGGAGCCCAAGGGACAGGUCAAAGUACAGCGACACCGGUAUCGGAUACUGAGGUAGCGAGGCCAAUUGAAUCUAUGGCAGCACCGGCCGUUGCGAGCACAAACGUCGGUGUUGGGGUUCCUGUAUCAGCACAUGUUACUCAAGCUAUCCGAGAUUAUGUACCUCUCGCUGGUUUUACUGUGGUACCAAAACGGCGGGGGGAGCGCUCAAUUAUUCUUGAUUGGGGUGUUCGAAUAUCCGCAACGAUUGAUGGUAAAGAUUACGUCGGCUGGAUUUGACAAGGUAGCCAUGAAUGUCGCCGCAAGAACAAAAUUAUCCCGCUAUAUGGCAACACUUCUAAAGCUACGAAGCACAUGGGUGAUGAGCAUUUUCUAACGGCAGCAAAAGUGGCAACAGAGAACAGCAGAAAACGGAAUCGAGCGGAGCAGCUGGAGCGUAUCCGAAACAACGUUUUGAAUGGCGAUGACAGCAGAAGAAUGACGUUAUUGUUAGAAACAAUGCGUGUGGUUAACAACAAUCUACCUUUUCGAAUUGGAGAAUAUGAUGCUGCUUGCUGACUUUACUCUUGGAGACGACUUUCGGGUCACGAUCAACAAUCAAACGGUGACUCGCUCAAUUGUCGAGCUAUACACAGGUGCAAAAACCGCUGAUUGCGCUUACAUUGACCGCAGCAGAAUUCUAGGAGUGCCGAUAUUUACAGUGGUGUGUGAUAUACUGACGUCGAAGACGCAAAAAUCGACCAAAUACUUGGGCCUUCGUCUCUACUUUAUUGACAAUAACUGGCAAUUUCAGUCUAUUCUUCUCGGUACACGACAUUAUGACCCCAUGUAUGGCGAGAGAAGUGAAGGAAACCGCGAACCAUUUAAGCGGUGGAUUCUAGAACUUCUUAAAGACUUCGGGCUGACAAUUAAAAAUGUCUAUGCGGCAACCACCGACGCCGGUCCAAAUGUCAAGUGGAUGAUGGCGACAGGCCUCAAUCUCAAAUGGGAAUGGUGCAUGCCACACCGCACAAACGCUGCAACCAAGAUGGCAUUUGGAAUUGUUCCACAGCGGUGCAACUCGAAGAACCCCGAUGGAACAGAUUUGCUUUCACGCAUCGCCCGCACUACCUAUGCAAUUCGAUCUAAUGCAAGCAUGGGGAGCCUCUUUGCGGAACUUUGUGAAAUGGCGAAGAAUGGUGCGUCCACACAAUUGCUUGAGCAUAAAGACCAUAGAUUUAUGGGGUUGGAGAAGGUCAUCAAGCGUCUACUAGGAAAAUGGGAUCAGGUUGAAGACUGGUUACAAGAACGGAUCAACAAAGCAAUUCGAGAACGAAAAGCGGUACCAGAGGGCUUACCAAUUGCAGAUGACAAAGAAACCCUUCUCCAAUUGUAUGGACUGCUGAACCCUACUGCAGCUUUCAAUACUAAAAGCCAGAAAGAAGAUACCAACCAAGUCGACGUUCUUCUGACUGUAUUUCAACUUCGAAUAACAAUUUUGGACGAGACGCAGCCCAUCAAAGACAAGGUGCGAUCGCCUUCGGAGCCGCCGUUGUACUACCAAGUGAACAAUCUUACUCGACUCGCCAAAGCUACACGCGCCCUACUAGCAAAAGCAUUCCACAAGAACUUCUUCUGUCGCUAUACAGACCCAGCACGUAUUCGCGAUACAUCGUAUAUACCGGAAAUGCAAAUGUUGCUGCAUCCGUCAUCAAAAACCCAAGACAAUAAUCUCGCUAAGAUUGUCAAACUUUGCAACGAGCAGUUGAUUAUUGAUCCAGAGCAACCGCAUCUUCGACUAGACGAACAAAGUGUUGCUCGGAAUGUAGCGUCGGUAAAGGCAGCUGUGAUGAAUCGACUACGAGCCCUAAAGCUCGAUAUUGCAAAAGGAACCGCUCUCGGCUCACGGACCUCGACUCAUCCACGACAACUGCCCAGUUCAGACAAUUCUUUUGCUUCCAUGUUGGAGUUUCCAAGUCUGCAGCCACAAGCGGUGUUUUCGGAAGAUCUUAUGGAGUUUACCGAAGAAGCCGCGGUAACCGAUGUGAGCGAGAUGUGCACGAAGCUCGAGUCGAAGAAGAACUUGAUCGGCGGUUAGCUGACCCGAGUAGACUGCUGAUCACUAACUCACAACCCGAGACAAUUCUCUCAUUCUGGAAACGGCAGCAAGACAACUACCGUAUCAUGCCUAUUGCGGCGAAAGUUCUCUUCUCGAUUCCGUCGUCCGCCGCUCAGAUCGAGAGAGAUUUUGGGAUCACAGGAAUGCUAGUUACGAGCCACCCAACUAGCAUCGCGAAGCCCAAUACUGACAUGUGCUCUUUUCUCAACAGGAACCGCAGAUUCGUCGAUGUAGCAAAGUGUAAAAGACUUUCCGACGCUGAAGUGAAGCAAGCUAUUCGAGCUAAUUCGCUCGUACCCCUCACUUCCAACGAAAUCGAUGCUCCAUUUUCCACGGAGUGGGAGAAU